UGCCUUGUGCUCAUCAGGGUUUUAUGGUUGUCUAAGUUUAGAUGUUGGCUCAAAUUCAGCUUCUCAAGUAGCAAGGCUUGCGGGUCAGCACUGCCGCUCCACAUGGUGACAGAAACAGACGGAGACCAGCUCUCUUUACAUUGAGCUUUAAGGGGGACAAUCAUUCCAUUAGAGGUAUAAGGAUAAUUUGACUCCAGAUCCACUGAAAGAUGAAAUAUGUCAACUACCAGACAACACAUGUAAGAAGAAAGACAGUUAGGAUAUUCAACCUUACUAUUUCCUCUUCAACACAUUAGUGUCACUACCAACAAUGAAAGAUGAGGCAGAACUUACAGACCUUUCAGGAUCUUCAGUGCAGCAGAUUCCACAUUUUCUGCAAAAUGUUGUCUUCCAUGGCAAAUUUGAGCUGCUGAAGACUCUAACCCCAGAGGAAAAUGCCCAUUGUCGACACGGUCUCUACUUUCAAGAUGGUCAGCGGCAUGUGGACUAUGUUCUCACCUAUUCUUUGAAGAAAUCGUCGACGGGACGUUCUAUUCGAUACUCAACACAUUUGCUGACAGAAAAUGCUGUUGCACGCAGCCUGCGACGUAGCCAUCAUCCACCCUCUGCUGAAAAAGGUUCAUUAUCUUCACAAACCUCAACACUAUCCAAUGUUGAUCUACACUCCCUAGGAGAGAACUUUAGUGGCCAAGAAGAUCAAAAAAACUUCAGAAGGGAGGAGUUUGAAGGGAAACUUCGAGAUAUGGGCCUGGAACUGGAGAUUGAUGAAGACUCCAAGAUUCCAGGCGUGGGCUUUGUGAAAAUUCAUGCUCCAUGGAAUGUUCUCUGUCGAGAAGCAGAGUUCAUGAAGCUAAAGAUGCCCACCAAAAGGGUAUAUGAAGUUAAGAAGUCAAGUGGUGUGAUAGAGAAGCUUAAUUUACUCGUCAGUCAAGUUCUUGAGCCUCUUCAUCCUCAUGUUGAGGAGCCUCAGCCAAAGAACAUCAAACACCUGUCACACACCUUUUCCAGGGAAAAGCAACACCUGUUUGAUCUUUCAGACAAAGAUUCCUUUUUUGACAGUAAAACCAGGAGCUCAAUAGUUUAUGAAAUCCUAAAAAGGAUUAAAUGCAAGGCCAAGUACAGCAUGAGUAUCACCAGUCUCUUAGGUAGUGGUGUCUAUACAGCUGCUUAUCCUCUCCACGAUGGAGAUAUUGAUGAAGAAAGUGCAGAGCCAAAUGACAGAAAACUACUGUACGAGGAGUGGGCAAACUACAGUGUCUUCUACAAGUACCAGCCCAUUGGACUUGUGAGGAAGUACUUUGGAGAGAAGAUUGGACUGUACUUUGCCUGGUUGGGACUCUACACCCAGAUGCUGAUUGCUGCUUCCCUCGUGGGAGUCAUUGUUUUUCUGUAUGGAUGUGCAACAGUUGAUGACAAUAUUCCAAGCAUGGAGAUAUGCCACGAAAAAAACAACAUCACAAUGUGUCCUUUGUGUGAUAAAGUGUGCAGCUACUGGAAGCUGAGUUCUGCUUGUGGAACUGCAAGAGCCAGUCACUUAUUCGACAACCCAGCAACCGUAUUCUUCUCUAUAUUCAUGGCUCUUUGGGCUGCCAUGUUCAUGGAGCAUUGGAAGAGGAGGCAAAUGAGACUUAAUUAUGAAUGGGACCUGACUGGAUUUGAAGACGAGGAGGAAGCGCUCAAGGACCAUCCCAGAGCUGAGUAUGAAUUCCAAGUCAUGAAGAAGUCUUUAAGCAGAGAUCACAAAACACAGUACAAGAUGGAAAAGCUGACAUGUCGAGAUCGCCUUCCUGCCUACAUGACAAAUGUUGUCACAAUGUUGUUGAUGAUGGGUGUUACGUUUGCCAUUGUUUUUGGUGUGAUCAUAUACCGGAUCUCCACAAAAGCUGCUCUUCAUAUGAGCGCCAAUCCAGUGACACGGAACCAUGUACAACUUACAGUCAAAACAACAGCAGCCAUUAUCAACCUUGUGGUCAUCCUUAUACUAGAUGAAGUGUAUGGAGCUGUGGCACGAUGGCUUACUGUUUUAGAGGUUCCAAAAACUGACAAGAAUUUUGAGGAGAGACUCAUAUUCAAGACUUUCAUUCUGAAGUUUGUCAAUGCUUUCACACCAAUUAUCUACAUUGCUUUCUUCAGGGGAAGGCUGGUUGGCCGACCAGGCAACUAUUUGUAUGUGUUUGAAUCCUACAGAAUGGAAGAGUGUACUCAUGGAGGCUGUCUGAUGGAGUUAUGCAUUCAACUGAGUAUCACCAUGUUGGGGAAGCAGCUAAUUCAGAACAACCUUUUUGAGAUUGGAAUACCCAAGCUAAAGAAGCUUAUUCGCUACAUCCAAUCAAAGCAAGGCACUUUUCAAGAGGAAGAAAGGCAGAAGAAGUUGCAGAGAUAUGAAAUGGACCGCUUCCUGGAGCCAUUUUCAGGGUUAACACCUGAAUAUAUGGAAAUGAUAAUCCAGUUUGGUUUUGUCACAUUAUUUGUGGCAUCCUUCCCAUUGGCUCCAUUGUUUGCUCUGCUCAACAACAUAAUUGAAAUACGACUUGAUGCAAAGAAGUUUGUGACUGAGUUGCGAAGACCAGUGGCGGCAAGAGCCAAAGACAUUGGUAUAUGGUACAAUAUCCUAAGAGGAGUUGCCAAAGUGGCUGUCAUCAUCAACGCAUUUGUCAUCUCCUUCACCUCAGACUUCAUCCCUCGGAUGGUGUACCAGUACAUGUACAGCCCCGAUGGUACCAUGCAUGGAUUUGUCAAUCAUACUCUCUCAUAUUUUAAUGUCAGCAACUUCCAGGAUGGGAAAGAGCCCAUGGAUCCCAUACAACUUGGCUAUGCAGUUGAGAUAUGCAGAUACAAGGACUACAGGGAACCACCUUGGUCAACAACUCCGUAUGAGAUUUCAAAGGAAUUCUGGGCAGUACUAGCUAUUCGGCUGGCCUUUGUAAUUAUUUUCCAGAAUGUUGUCAUGUUGAUGAAUGACCUUGUGGACUGGCUAAUACCAGACAUCCCAAAAGACAUCAGCCUCCAGAUCCACAAGGAGAAGAUUUUAUUGGUAGAUCUAUUCAUGAAAGAAGAGCAAGUGAAGAGCAUCAACCUUGAGAACAGUGCCUCUGCCACGAGCAAGCACAGCAGGAACAACAACACAACACAACAGAUCUAUUUUUUCUCACAAAUUCACACAUGACACAAUUUGCAUUGAAAUUAUUGGCGUCUAAGGCUGGGUACACACAUAGAGAAUCAGGCUGUUUUUGUCAAAAUGUUGCCCAUUCCCAACCAAGUACGUUUUAGUGUCUUGAGUGUUAUACGAUUGUCCCAAAAGAUUAUUCUUCUGUUUGCAAGUAGAUUUGUCGCAAUAAUAGGGUCCAAAUCGGGUCAGUUUGACAAUCUUAAAUAAUAAACGUUUUUAAUAUUUGCAACCGAUAAUCUUCCCGCGAAUGGAAAAAGCAAACAUUUUCUAGAGUCAUUGAGUCCAUGAACUGUGACGUGAACAGAAUGUAUCCAAUGAAAGAAGCUACAAUAAAUAAAACCAAAUUUGUCCGACCAUAUACUUGCAUAACAGUGAGCUUCCCAGACAGCAAGAAGUAUUUUCCAAAGCAAUUUUUUUCUUGACAACAUAGCCGUUUUAAAUAGCUUCCGCCUCAGGUCCUUUCUGGUAACACGCAGGUAGAAAUGGUGCAUAUCCGGGAGUGUCUGUUCUUUGUUUUGGUGAAAUCACUUGUGAACAAGCUAGAGUUCUGCUUCUUUCUAAACCGGUGGUGGAAGAGAAUCUUAACGUGUGGUGCUCUGUGUAGAAAUUAUCAGUGCUUACCACACACGAUAUGACCAAAGUGUCAGAUUUUUUAAAUGUUUACGUUUGAAGUCUAACAGAUAAACAAUCUUGUAAGAUUUGAAAAAAAAAUUGUGUGUACCGGGCCUUAAUUGCCAAAAUAAUUCUAAACAUUCCAAUGGUUAAGAGAGCUGUGUGAGCAAUAUAAAUUGAAAUAUGCCAUAUUAAAAUUGUGUGGACAUUCUCAAUACUAAAGCAUAUGCUAUUUUGAGAAUGUGCCUAAGAAAUGUAUUUGAGUAUGUAACAUUCCAUUUGAUAUCAUUAAUGUCAUCUAUGUACUGUACAACACUUUUGCAUCAAAUCCACAACCAGUUGGCAAGUUUUUCUCAAUAUGAUUUUAACAGCGAUCGAAGAAACAUCAGUUUAAAUAUGGCCAAAGAAGGAUAUGGUUUUGAGAAACUUGGUCGGGAAACAUCAGUUAUGAAUAUGUCCAAAGAAGGAUAUAGUUUUGAGAAAUUUGGUAGGGGACAUCCAUCCAUACAUCCAUUUUCUUAAUUGGUUCUCCUCACAAGGGUCGCGGGUGUGCUGCAACCUAUCUGAGCUGACUGCGGGCAGUUUUGGUUUUGAGAAACUUGGUCGGGAAGCAUCAGUUAUGAAUAUGUCCAAAGGAUAUAGUUUUGAGAAACUUGGUAGGGGACUUCCAUUCAUACAUACAUUUUCUUAAUUGCUUCUCAUGAGGGUCGCGGGCGUGCUGCAACCUAUCUGAGCUGACUGCCGGCAGUAGGCGAGGGACACCCUGAACUGGAUUUCCAGUGGGAAAACAAUUUUUCAGUUGAUCUUCAAAUCGUAGAAUUAUUUUUGGGCAAAACUCUUCAAGUGAAUGGUGCUGUGUUUUUGUGUACACCUUUAGAACUGUAUCGGACUGGGCAACCAAGUACAGAGGGACAGACUUUAUUGAGGAUAGGGCAAGAGGAAGUGUAGAGCUGGAGCUCUAGCUGGGUUGAGGAGCUGGUGUAAUCGGAGCGUGACUGGCGGCCGGAAUCGGCGGCGGCGCCGUGGGACACUCGCUACGUUAUGCUGGGGAGGCGAUGGACAGGAGUCGACCUGUUGGAGAGAGCAGCAGACCGAGCUCGCAGCAGGAUGGGGCGCUGGGUACGAUCGUGGUCAGGGGCAGGCAGAAAGUCGGGACGGGUGGCGAUCAGAGCGUGUUCAUAAAGGAGCAAUGGCCCAGGACCAACGGCAGGCAAGGCAAGACAGGUCAGUGAACAGACAAGGUCUGCAACGGGAGAGCGUGCAGUGAGCUUCAGAGUGGCAUCACGGGACAGACUGGCAAGGAAGUGACGAGAUAGCGGGGUUUAAAUAGGAAGGCUGAUGAGCGGCUGACAGGUGUUGAUUGAGUAGAUGGGGGCGGGGGCUGUGAGUGAGUGGCUGGUGGAAAGUUACCAGCUGAGUGACAGAUGGCACAGCAUGUGACAAAAUUACCAUAUUGCAAUUUCACUCUGAUGACUCUUCAACCAGGGCGGCUCAGUGGGACACUGGUUAGCACGUCCACCUCACAGUUAGGAGGGUGUGGGUCGAUUCCACCUCCGACCCUCCCUGUGUGGAGUUUGCAUCUUCUCCCCGUGCUCGCAUGGCUUUUUUCCGGGCACUCCGGUUUCCUCCCACAUCCCAAAAACAUGCAUAGUAGGGCAAUUGAGCACUCCAAAUUGCCCCUAGGUAUGAGUGCAGAUGGUUGUUCGUCUCUGUAUGGCCUGCCUGCAAUUGGCUGGCAACCGGUUCAGGGUGUCCCCUGCCGAUUGCCCGAUGACCACUGGAAUAGGCUCCAGCACACCCGCGACCCCCAUGGGGACAAAGCAGUACAGAAAAUGGAGGGAUGGACUCUUCAACCACGAAUGCCUGCUACACAAAUAUUUUUGUUGUCAUAUUUAACCCUAACCCUAAUCAAAGUUAAUCUUCUAUGUAAUCAUUUGUUUGAAUAUGUAUGAUCAUCUACAAUAUUAGUAAUAUUGUUCAUUAUAUUCAUUAAUUCAAUUUAGAUAGUUCUAACCUUAAGUUUCACAACUUGUACAGACAAUAACAGUAACUAAUAACAAAUACAGUAACUAAUUAGAAUUACAAUUUUUCCCAGAUUUGAGAUUACUCUAACCUUAAAUUUCACAACUUGUACAGACAAUAACAGUAACUAAUAACAAAUACAGUAACUAAUUAGAAUUACAAUUUUUCCCAGAUUUGAGUGUGUCCUGGACUGGUUUGCCUAUUGCUUGGACUUGCACAAACGGGGCACAUUCUAUUUUGGUAGACCCGGUAAUCCUGGGCUCAUGUGAAAAUGGGCGUAACUUCAUUUUUGUGCCAUAGCAAGUCUAGUCUGCCAUGUUGCGGUUUUCUGAGCAUUCAAGCACACAGUGUUGCCUCGGCCCCGACUCAUCUGACAAUUUGGUAACAGAAAGUAGUCUCUGACUGUCGUAAAAACCAGAGCAUCAUUAUUUUUGGGCUGGGCCACCGGUUUAGUUCACUGUGUUUGUGAAUUUGGUAAACACCUUACUGGGCAUUCCUGCUGCGCCCCCUAGUGCAGCGAUCAUGUAGCAAAUUUGGUUACAAAGUGUAAACUAGUCUCAGUGAAACCUCGUUCAACUCUGCGAAGGUGACAAAAUGCAAUUUUGGUUAUUUAAUGGAGGCACAGGCAAACAGAUUUUCCACUCGGUGGAUGUGUAUACUGAAAGUCAUCAGAUUUCAUUCAUUACAAUAACAGUGUGGGACAAUCCCUGCAAUCCAACACACACCAUAGAAUCAGUUUAUAUAUCUCUGCCCCUACCUUCACUUGAGUGUUCGAGAGAAGAUUUUUGUUGUUGAAAUGGCCUCUUACUAGUCCAGAAACAGAAGCAUCUGAGAAAUACAACUGAAUGCAAACCGGGAGAAAUAGGAGCUGUUCAUUUUUAAUCACCAACACCAUAAAACUGAUAGUCUGACAGGCUCACAACAGUCCAUCCCGGACAGGUAAAUAUUUGCGCAAUUUUCAUUUUUUUAAAAAAUUUUUUUAUUGUGUGUACAUUUGUAACGACUUAUCAUUUGUAAAUAUAAAUUUUUGCAUGUGAAUUGCCAAAUGAUCAUUUGUGGAUCAGUGGACACGUGCAUUUAUUUUUUACACAAAUGUAAAGUCAUUUUGAGAGCUCCACAAACACACACAUCUCAAAUAUUCACACAUUAAAAGGCCAUCCCUAUGGAGUCAGAUUGGGUCAGAAGUUUUGUAUUUGAAAAAAUAAAACUUGAAACUGAAAAUAAACGUGUUGACCUUGAAUAUUGGAAAAUAAAACAAUGUAUCGUAAUUUUCGGACUAUAAGUCACGUUUUUUUUCAUAGUUUGGGUUGGGGGGCGACUUAUACUGAGGAGCGAUUUAUAUGUGAAUUUUUUCAAAAGUUUUCAAAAAAACCAAAAAAAACAACUGAAACCGCAAUAAACGAACCGCAAUGUAGCAAGGGAUUACUGUAAUUUGAAUUUCAAGUGACGUCACCAGCGCAGCGCGGCGCGGCGGUUGUUUACAUAAAGGACAAAGAUUCGAUCAUGGGAUGACGAAGAUGACGAAGGGCCCCACGUACUACCGGCAUCAUUAGCGGCUUUGUUUUUAAGUGACACGGAGGACGAAGAGUUUGAAAGAUUUAAUGACUUGGAGUGACACAGGUUUGAAAAACUAUUAUGGGUUGGUGUCAGGAAGGGCAUCCGGCUGUAAAAGGUUUUGCUCCAAAAAUGUUCUCAGUAUAGGACUCUCAACCACGAGAUGGCCAUGGACCGUCCCCGGUGGAAGAAAGCCAUAUUGAGAAUCCAGUCCAACCCAGCGGCGCCUGGAAAGCGGACUUUAAACCGAUGAUGAUGAUGAUGAUGAUGAUUAUGGCUAUUUUGACGAUCAUUAAGAAGAAGGAAGCCCUCAAAGCGGUCAAGCCAUCCAAGGGGCUCACCAUCAUCUCUAAACGUCACAGCCCUGCCCUGGAAGAGAUGGAACACUUUUUGCUUGUGUGGAUAAAGGACAAGGAGAUUGCUGGUGAAACUGAAACGAUCAUAUGUGAGAAGCCCAGCGCCAUAUACACCGUGUGCACAAUUAUUAGGAAUUUGUAUUUUUGAGGAUUAAUUUUAUGACUGAACAACUACCGUUUUUUUCCGUGUAUAGUGCGCAAUAUUUUACUAAUUUAUUGUCCUAAAAUCUGGGGUGCGUAUUAUACAUGGGUACAAAGAAAAAAAAUUUUAAUUUUUUUUUUUUUUAAUUUUUUUUUUUUUUUUUUUUAAAUAAAGUCAUGGUACAACAAAACCAACAACAGGACUGACCGACAAAGUCAUGGAACAAAAAGACAGGGUGACAUUACCAAAGACAGGAACAGAAUGACAGUAACACAUGCAAUGAUCCAACGGUGAGCGAGGGGCAGACAGGACUUAAAUACAAAACACGUUACAUCGAUUGAGGUGACACAGGAAGAGCGGGGUGACACGAACAGAAACUAUGGCAACCUAGACACAAAGCGAUACUGUAACUAAUCUCGGGGUAAUAUUUGACCAAACUCUCUCCUUUCAAAAGCACAUUAAGAAUAUAACCAGAAUUGCGUUUUUUCACCUUCGUAAUAUUGCAAAGAUUCGUCCGAUCCUUUCGACCGGUGAUGCGGAAACUAUUAUACAUGCGUUCGUCACGUCGCGCCUGGACUACUGUAAUGUACUAUUUUCGGGUCUUCCUAAGUCCCGCAUCAAAAGUCUACAGUUAGUACAAAAUGCCGCUGCAAGGCUGCUCUCUCGGACAAGAAAAUUUGAUCACAUUACCCCAAUACUAGCCAACUUACAUUGGCUUCCGGUCCAUUUAAGAUGUGACUUCAAGGUUCUUCUAUUAACCUAUAAAUCGCUGCAUGGCUUAGCGCCUUCAUAUCUCGUCGACCUAGUUGUUCCUUAUGUUCCGUCUCGUAACCUUCGUUCGCAAAACGCUACCCUUUUAGCGACACCGAGGGCUAAGAAAAUGUCUGCAGGCUCUAGAGCAUUUUCUAUUCGGGCUCCAGAGCUUUGGAAUGCCCUACCAAUGGAUAUUAGGACUGCUACCUCAGUAGAAACAUUUAAGACACGUUUAAAGACACAUUUCUAUGACAUGGCCUUUAACUAACCUGUAGUGGCCGAUUCGGCUGGAGUUUGUUUUCUCUCCCUCUCCACCCCUCCCUCCCCCCUCCCCGGCCGGGGAGGUGGUUAGGUGGUACCCAUGCUGACAGCGGCUAUCUGGAUUCUCGUGGCCAAUUCAGGAUAGGGGAACUGCAGCUCAACCUCCUCGAAGAGCACUGCCAGGACAAUUGAGGGCUCCUUUCGGCAGCCCUCUGCUGUGACAUGGACAUCCACUUUUCAUUUAAUUGAUUUUCAUGUUGUAUCAUUUGUGCCCUCUCUGCAUCCAUUUCAACCUGGUGAUCCUGAAAGGGGGAUCCUUCCAUCUGUGGUCCCUUCUCAAGGUUUCUCAUUUUCCCCCUGCUAGGGGUUUUUAAGUUUUUCCUUGCCCUUUUGGGAGCUUAAGAUCAGGGGAUGCUUUGAGAAUAAUUGUCAAUUUCUGUCUAUGUGAAGCCCUUUGAGACUGCUUGUGAUUUAGGGCUAUACAAAUAAACUUGACUUGACUUGA